GCGCCCGGCUUCCCCCCGCACCAGUCGCCGCCCACUGCAGCUACGGCUGCGCGCCCGCCGCUCCCGCGGGUCGCAUUCCGUUCCAACUCCCCAUCCCCUCCACCUCCACCAGCCAAAAGCAGAGCACCACUAGGCAGGCAGGCAGCUGCGCGUACUCUUACUACUCGUGCGCUGCAAGGAAGCGCGCGCGAGUGACAGGCAGGCGGGCCCAGGCCGGAGCGGCGGCAGCGAUGUCGUCGCCGCCGCCGCAGCCGGCGACCUCCCCGCCGCCCAACGGCACGGCCGCGGCCCCGCCGCCCGCGCCGCCGCCGGUCAACAGCUCGUCCUCCCCGUCGACGCCGACGCCCACGCCCACGCCCGCGACGCCCUCCCCGCCGCCGCCAGGGGCGCCCGCGACGCCCUCCACGCCGUCUCCAGCGCCGCCCGGGCCGCCCUCCGCGCCCUCCCCCCCGGCCGCGCCCGCCUUCCCCACGCCCAGCAGCAGGGCGACGCCGGCCCCCGCCACGGUCGCGCCCCCGCCGCCGCCGUCCAGCUCGGGGCUCUCCACGCCCGUCGUCGUGGGCAUCGCGGUGGGCGGGCUGGCUGUGCUGCUGCUCGGCAGCCUGCUCUGCGUCUGCUUGUUCAGGAACAAGAAGAAGCGCCACCACCACCACCCGCCCCCGCCGCCACCGCCGCCGCACCACCUGCACUACUACGGCCACCCGCCGCCGCCGCCGCCUCCACCCCCGCCGCACAAAGGGGAUCAGUACCAGAAUUGGCAGCAUAAUGCCCCUCCACCACCACCUGAUCAUGUGGUCAAGAUGCAUUCGCAUCUUUCCCCUCCACCUCCUCCGCUUAAUGUACAUAGUAGUGGUUCUGCCUCAAAUCACUCAGGUGGUGAGAGCCGCCCUCCGCUGUCACCUGGCACUGCCUUUAGCUUUUCAAGAAGCACAUUUACUUACGAGCAGCUGAUGGCGGCAACCAAUGGGUUUUCUGAUGCUAAUCUUCUCGGACAAGGUGGUUUUGGGUUUGUUCACAAAGGAGUGCUACCAAAUGGCACAGAGGUUGCCGUUAAGCAGUUAAGAGAUGGAAGCGGCCAGGGAGAGCGUGAAUUCCAGGCAGAGGUUGAGAUUAUCAGCAGAGUACAUCACAAGCAUCUCGUAUCUUUGGUCGGCUAUUGCAUUUCUGGAGUCAACAGGUUGCUUGUAUAUGAGUUUGUUCCGAACAAUACUUUGGAAUUUCACCUACACGGAAGAGGCCGACCAACCUUGGAUUGGCCAACAAGACUAAAAGUUGCUCUGGGUUCUGCGAAGGGACUGGCAUAUCUUCAUGAAGACUGCCAUCCUAAGAUCAUUCAUCGUGACAUAAAGGCCUCAAAUAUUCUUCUUGAUCUAAGAUUUGAGGCUAAGGUGGCAGAUUUUGGACUUGCAAAAUUCACUUCUGACACUAACACCCAUGUUUCAACCAGAGUAAUGGGCACAUUUGGGUAUCUAGCACCUGAGUAUGCUGCUUCUGGCAAGCUCACUGAGAAAUCAGAUGUCUUUUCUUUUGGAGUAAUGCUUCUUGAGCUAAUAACUGGGCGACGUCCUGUAAGUUCGAGACAAGCGCCUAUGGAUGACAACUUGGUUGACUGGGCUAGGCCUUUAAUGACAAAAGCAUUUGAGGACGGUAAUCAUGAUAUUUUAGUGGAUCCCCGUCUGGGAAGUGAGUAUAAUGAUAAUGAAAUGGCAAGGAUGAUAGCCUGUGCAGCUGCAUGUGUUCGCCAUUCUGCACGGCGGCGACCAAGAAUGGGUCAGGUCGUUCGGGCCUUGGAAGGUGACGUGUCCCUGGACGACCUGAACGAAGGCGUCCGGCCCGGGCACAGCCGGUUUAUGGGAUCCUACGGCAGCUCGGCCUCGGACUACGAUACCAACCAGUACAACGAGGACCUGAAGAAGUUCCGGAGGAUGGCGCUGGGCGGCAGCGGCGUGCAGAGCGGCAGCCAGCGGACGCCGACGAGCGAGCACGGGCAGAACCCGUCGGUGUCGAGCGGCGACGGGCACCAGACGACGCAGGGAACGGAGACGGGGAGCAUGAGGAAAGAACACGGCGACAGCGCUGGUGACAGCCAGAGCCAGGUUUCGUGAGAUACGGCGGUCUCAACUAGCGCGCAUUUGUAAAUCCCCCGGCCCAGCCUAGCUAGCUGAUUGAAUCGACAUAACAAUCGAUCAUUGUUUGGUUGAGGUAGAUUCUUUUUUUUUCUUUUUUCUUUUUGCUAGAUCGAUUCACUGUUUCUCUGAGAUUUCUCUGAAUGUUCAUGAGGGUAUGUAUAGUUGGAUACCCUAUCUUAUCUUAUCUCGUAUAAUCAUAUUCAUGACUCCACUGAUUAUGAGCAAA